AUGGACAAGAAAGAGAAGACUGAGAAGACUGAGAAGACUGACCCGGAGGCUGUGCAGAAGCAAGAGACCAAGGAUGAAGACAGCGAGCACGAGGAUGAAGAGGACGAGACGGCGUUGUCUGCAAGCACUCGCAACCUGACUGUCAAGAACCUCACAUGGGUCUUUGACAAGGCAACAGUCUACGGGAAAAGGGACGGCUGUAUCCAUGGUCUUGCAGUCGUGCAUCGGGACCGCCUCAACAUCUUCAAGGGGACGCCUGGGUUUAAACAUGCUUUGAUCCGUGACUGCUCUAUGCUUCCAAGGUCGCAAAUGUACAAACCUGAGGCAACCACGGCGUUGCCUCACUUGGGGCGUGCAUUCACGGAUGCACAGGAACUGCGCCAGGUGGCUGGUGGAACGGACAUUGUGCAGAAGACAUUGGACCAUUUCCUGCCCCAAACAGUCAGCACUUGCUUGGUUGUAGACCUCCACUGCUACGACUGCUGGCCUGCAUUGACUGCCUUGAAGGAAAGUUCAACCGGCCGGCGAGUCCUCUGUGCCAACAUCGUGCUCGACAAAGCUCCUGAACCGCUUUCUCAGCGGGUGGCAAACCACAUCUACGAGGCAUGCCGGAGCGAGCAGAUCAAAGUUGUGGGGUUUCCCAAUUUUGCCUCUGCUGUGAGUGCCAUUCAGAACAUGCGCCCCACCGACACAGGGAAGGAGUAUCAGGUCACUGUCAAAAAGCAUGACAAGCUGGUCAUCCUCAAGGCGUUGGCUGCCAAAUGGAUGGGUUCAGAGUUCAAAGAUGCCACCACGGCUGAAAUUGAGAAGCACAACAAUGAGUUCAACCAAGACGGAGAGUACUGGCAUGAGGCCAACGAGAGGACAAAGCCAGACGAUGAAGGUCGUCCUCUCAAGCGGAUCAAGUUGGAAGAGUCGGAAUUGGCCAAGGAAGCCGAUGUUGUCACCCUACAAAAACCGUACAGCUUCCCGAUCAACAAUUGCGCUGAGCUGGUUUGUGGUGAGAAUGGCAUGCCCUUGUACCUGGUCAGCCGUGGCAAAAACCAGUUCUUGAUGCACCGGGAAUUGUUCAGCUUCGGCAGUGGGGACUGGCGGAUGAACAAAGAGGCAGAUGAAGUCAUGGAGGACUCCUUGGGCAGAUGGUUUGCUUUCAGUGUCACCCUGGACACAGUCAUGAUCCUGGAGAAGAAGAACCUAGCCAGCCAUUUGGCAGGUUUGCCCUGCGUGGACUCACCCACGCCACUGGCCACAAUUCUUCGGGAGCUUGAAGAUGCUGGGGAGGUCAAAUUGUGCGUCACCCACCACAACCUCUCCUCUGACUCUGAGAAGAUCGAGCGCCAGAAGUCUCUUUGCUUCUUGAUGGAUCCUCCCAAAGAUCGCGAGGCGAGUGGGAAGCCGAACAAGAAGAAGCUGAAGAAGGCAGCGGCAGGCAACAUGACCGCAAACAAUUUUGGCUCCAUUCUGGACAUCAGCAAGUUGAAGAGGGCCAGCCGUGUUGUCAUUGGAUGGCGAGUCAGGUUGGAUGAUGGAUCUUCAGGUAUGAAGACCUUGGUACCAAUAAGGCCCAUUGCCUGCUUGACCGGAGUCUUAGACCUUGGGGAUGCUGUGGUGAAGAUUUUCUGA